AACAGUAGGCGGCAGUGUGAGGUAAAGCUAUCGCGCACAGGUCAUGAGGUCGCAGGGCGGGGCUUCGGCUUGUGCAGUAGGCUACGUGUGCUUCACAGCAGUUAUCUUGCGGUUAGUGAGUUAACACCACAACUGAAGUCAGAGACAUGGUGCUGUUGGAAAAUGAUUCGUUUCUCACAGAGCUGACACGGCUCUUCCAGAAAUGCAGAACAUCAGGCAGUGUUGUCAUCACAUUAAAGAAGUAUGAUGGGAGAACCAAACCGGUGCCCAGAAAGGGCCACGCGGAGUCUUUUGAACCUGCAGACAACAAAUGUCUCCUCAGAGCGACUGACGGCAAGAAGAAAAUUAGCACAGUGGUCAGCACCAAAGAAGUUAUCAAAUUUCAGAUGGCGUACUCUAACCUCCUCAGAGCUCAUAUGGAUGGACUUAAGAAGAAAGACAAGAAAAGCAAAAGCAAGAAAACCAAAGCCACCCAAUGAGCAAGAGACUCUAAGACAACCUUGGGUACCUAAACUGGUUCGCACUGAGGGGAGUGGGAGAGGGCUCCAUGUGAUCUGCAGCCCCCAAUCUGCUUUCCUCCCAUUCAUUCAAGGCCUCAGAUUCACGGACUGCUUUGAUAUUAUGCCAUUGUUUGCAUGAUAACAUCUCAUCCCUGACUGCCCAGUGCCAUUUGGAACAGAAAACUGAGGAUUUCUCAUUCAUCAUCUCCACCAUUUCUGCUUCGGGACCAGAUUCUCAAAAGUUCUGCUGCCUCUGGAGCCCGAUGAUUAACAGCCCUUCACUCUAUUUAAUUGUUAGAGCAUAUUUAUGUUAUGUUGCCAGCUAAAAAUAAAAGUUGUGCUAGCUCAUUCUAAUUCAGCUGGUUUUAGAUGUUUCAUUUUUUUCUUUUUUCAUGAAAUUGGAUUUAAAUGUCAGUUUGAGUUUUCACGUAGAACCAAAUGUCCUGUUUUGUUUUUCUGGUGGGGUCAAAUGUCAUGUACUGUAUUUUUUUAUUAUGUCUUUAGAGGCACAACUAAUAUUCUAGUCACUGUUUUUACAUACCGAUACCAAGCUGUUAAACUGGCUGUCUUAAAUACUUUAACACCAAUAUGUAUAUUACAGCUUCAGCUAAUGUCUGAAUGAUGUCAUGAUUUGGUUCAAUAGUGCAGAAAAUGUUGAAAGCUGCAGAUUUACUGAAAGCAUGUUUGAGUUAUAAAUACAGAGAGGAGUAUUGGCUGUAAUUCAGAUGCCUUUUUUUGUUUAUCACAAUCACAAAGCAUGUUUGACUGCAGCCAGAAAAUGUUUCCACCCAUUUGUGUUUGUCCCACCGUGAUACCAGAGUCCUGCUCUCAUACAAGAGGACAGCAGCAGAAUUUAAAUUCAAAAAUAAAGUGCUUUCUAAACAGUCA